AGAACGUGUCUGCUAAUUUCAAUUAGUUAUGUCCUUUUGCUUCUUCUUUUUUUCAAUAUUAAAACCCUAAAACAUAAUCAAUUUUUCAAUUCCCAACCCCUUUUUUUAUUACCUUGUACUUCAAGAAACAAAAGCCAUGAGUCUCAAUUGCUUGAAUUGCCGUAUGCUUAAAAGAACAAUUGAUUCAAACAAUAGUAGGGAUCAUUGUAGCAAGGCAAAACAUAGAAGGAAAAUUGGUUUUAAUGAUAGAGCUAGGUCGGAAAUAAGCCCGGUGGCUUAUGAAAAACUCACAAGCGAUGAUGAUUUGGUAAUGCCGACAUUCGGUCCAAAGAAGAGUCACCAUUGUCGAGCAAAUACAAUCGAUAUGACGUAUGGAGCAGUGACGUUCGAGGCUGAUGGUAAACCUAGGUUGGUGAGGAGCUCUGGGAUGAGGAGGGAUUGGAGCUUUGAGAAUUUGAGAGAUGAAAAGAAGAGAAAUGAGAUGAGAGUACAUUGA